GCAUCCAAGGGCUAAUGUGGUCGAGUCGCGAACUGGAAGUGGCCCCCGAACCAGGAGUUUGAGACUCUAAGCUUUUUGCAGGAUUUUGACCUUAUUUAUCAGCACAAUUCCAAAUACCAAAGUGUGCGGCGUUUGUGCAUAGUAACUCGUAAAUCAACUGUUUGUUUUUCUUGACAGCGAAACCCCUUUCCAUUUUUUUGGAAAAGUAAUAACCUCCAAACUUGCUCUGCCCCAGGUGUUCCUGUUCUUCUGCGAAACCUGCUCGGUGCCUAUCUGUAGGGAAUGCAGCGUGGGCCGUCACAUGGGCCACACCUUUGUUUACCUACAAGAUGCUGUACAAGACUGCAGGGCCGUCACCAUCCAGCUGCUGGCAGAUGCACAACAGGGACGCCAGGCCGUGCAGCUGAGUAUGGAGAAGAUCCAGGCCAUGGCGGAACAAGUGGAGAUCAAGGCCAAGGUGGUGCAGACUGAGGUAAAAGCCCUCGUCCUCAGACACAAGAAAGCGCUGGAGGAGAGGGAGUGUGAACUACUUUGGAAGGUUGAAAAGAUUCGUCAGGUGAAGGCCAAGUCUCUGUACCUGCAGGUGGAGAAGUUGCACCAAAGUCUGACUAAGUUAGACAGCACUAUAGCUGCUGUUAGCCAGGUGCUGGACGAGGGUCACCACCUGGAUGUGCUGCUGGCGAGGGAGCGAAUGCUCACGCAGAUCCAUGAACUGAAGGCCCUCAGGGGUCUGCUGCAGCCACAGGAGGACGACCGCUUCAUGUUCACUCCUCCAGAUCAGGCCCUGUACAUAGCCAUACAGUCGCUGGGUCUGAUCAGCAGCGGAGCCUUCGCCCCAGUCACCAAAGCCCACGGGGAGGGUCUGAAAAGUGCACUUCGGGGCAAGCCCGCCUCCUUCACCGUGAUCGGGUACGAUCACGACGGCGAGCCGCGGCUGUCCGGCGGGGACGCGGUGUCCGCGAUCGUCAUGUCGGUCGGCGACGGCGGCCUGUCUGCGGCCGAGGUCACAGACCACCAGAAUGGCUCUUACACCAUCAGCUACAUACCAAAAUGUGAGGGGGAACACCUCGUGUCGGUGCUGGUGUGUAACCAGCACAUCCAGGGUAGCCCGUACAAAGUCCUGGUGAAAUCUGGGCGGAGUUACGGCUCACUGGGUUCCCAGGUGUCAUCGUUUGGAUGCGAGGGAGAGGGCGACGGUCAGUUAUGCCGUCCGUGGGGCAUCAGUGUGGACAAGGAGGGGUACGUGGUCGUGGCUGAUCGCAGCAACAACCGCAUACAGAUUUUUAAGCCUUGCGGUGCCUUCCACCAUAAAUUUGGCUCUCUGGGUUCUCGGCCCGGGCAGUUCGAUCGUCCGGCGGGGGUGGCGUGUGAUGGUCAGAGGCGAAUCAUCGUGGCUGAUAAGGACAAUCACCGUGUGCAGGUGUUUACUUUUGAGGGCCAGUUCCUGCUCAAGUUUGGAGAAAAGGGUACCAAAAACGGGCAGUUCAACUAUCCCUGGGAUGUGGCGGUCAACUCCGAGGGUAAGAUCCUGGUCUCAGACACCAGAAAUCACCGCGUGCAACUCUUUGCCCCGGACGGCUCUUUUCUCAACAAGUACGGCUUCGAAGGGGCUCUGUGGAAACACUUUGACUCUCCCAGAGGGGUGGCCUUCAACCACGAAGACCACCUGGUGGUGACCGACUUCAACAACCACCGUCUCCUGGUCAUCCGGCCCGACUGCCAGUCGGCCCGCUUCCUGGGCUCCGAGGGCACCGGGAACGGACAGUUCCUGCGGCCCCAGGGCGUCGCCGUUGACCAGGAGAACCGCAUCAUCGUGGCCGACUCCCGCAACCACCGGGUCCAAGUGUUCGAGCCCAACGGAAAUUUCUUAUGCAAAUUUGGCACACAGGGGAGCGGCUUCGGGCAGAUGGAUCGCCCCUCCGGCGUGGCAGUGACGCCUGACGGAGUGAUCGUGGUCGUUGACUUUGGAAAUAAUCGCAUUCUCAAAUUCUAAAAUAGAAUAGUUAUUUUGUGUCUUCUCUCGCUCCAUUUGUCCUUUUUGCAUUUUUUUUUUUUUUUUUUUUUUUUGGAUGAAGGAAAUGGAGGAGAGAGAAUAAAUCAACCGUCAAAAUAGUAGGAGAGCUCAGAGGGGAUUGAGAGCAAAUAAAAAUUAAGGGAAAAUAAAACUAUAGAAUACUAUUUGUUAUCAUUAACACUGAUAUUCUCCUCCGGCGUGUGACUCCGGCGUGCACGGCAGAGGGGACCUCUACAAAUUGAUAAUCAGUAGAAGAAGAGCCAUAUUUCCCUUCCUCAGUCUCAGCUGCUCUGAAUUCUCUCUGCACAGCUCUCCUUAAGUAUCCAUCUCAGGGAAUUAACUCGCUUUUCUUGAAAAAAAAAAAAAAAAAAAUCUUACAGCCUCUGCUCCACACCUACCUCAUUUAUGAAUGUACACAUAGUCACCGAGCAGAGGUUUUAGUCCGUGAAGUUUUACAAAGAAGAAAAGAAGUCUAACUCUAGAGUUUGUUAUUUAAGAGAGACGAAAAAAGAAGAAAAAAAAAAAAAACCACGAUAAGAGACUCAUCAGUUGAUAUUUGCACAGGAUUAAAGGAAUUCUUGCUGUGCAUUUUGAAAUGAGUUAAAGUUGAACCUCCUGAAUGUUGUUGCUGAGACAAUACUCAGACCACUGUAGAGGCUGCA